AUGACAAAUGAUGUUCCACAGUUUGUCUAUACGACCCAUCACGAAGUGACGAGUGAAAAACACAUAGGAACAACCGCUUUGCUGAUCGUUUUGGUCGCCGACAUAAACCCCGAUACCUUUUUAUUUGUUAUUUCUGAUAUACAUGUGCUGCAAUAUUUUGGAAGCAAAACUAACGUAGCAAUCAUAUUUUAUAAACCCAUUAAAGAAGUUGGUACAGAAUGGUUAGAGAAUUUAUUCAAGAUGAUCUGGAGGUGGUAUUUACUGCGAGUGGUAGUAGUGUUUUACAGUACCCACACGUCUGGAAUUGAAGUUGUAACAUUUAAUCCUUUCGAAAAUAAUUAUUACAUUAAUAUGACUCUAGAGGCGGAAUAUGCAGAAUUGUUUUACGAGAAGAUUCAGAAUAUGAAUGGUUAUCCUUUGUAUAUAGUGGCCAAUCGAUUUAUGGGAUAUAUGCUUAGCAAAAAAAAACCUUCUUUGAGGUUCAUGGAAAAGGAUGACUUGACCGUGUAUACGGUUAUUAAACAUCUGAAUGCUACUGGUAUUGUUGCACGUAGAACAGAAAAUUUAAAAAAUACUAGUAGUAUAAAAGUUGCGGAUAAUUACGAUUUAAGUAAAGUUGAUGUAGUUUUUGAGCCUGGGAGCGUCAUUAAAGAAAAAUUAUUAGAAGGUUUAUAUCCACACGAGCAAGACGACAUAUGUGUUGUGGUACCACGAGGAGAAGCUAUUCCGCAAGUUUUAUAUAUGUUUAUGGUUUUUGAAAUCUCUGUAUGGUGUUCUUUGUUAUUAACAAUGGUGGUCGGUACUGUAGCCUAUUUUUAUCUCAAUAAAUACAUUGAAAACAGAAACAUGCGAUCAGUCAUAGUUUAUAUUAUACGCUCUACCUUAGCAGGUCCUUGGGGCCAUCUUCCACAUAAAAGUGCUGAGAGACUGUUAGUUUGUUCUUGGUGUUUAUUUGGGGUCUUGAUUACUAGUUUUUUUAUUAGUGAAUUGACGAGCACUCUUAUUGAAAAAAAAUAUUAUCCAGAUAUUAAUACACUACAAGAGUUGGAAAGUACCAACUGGAAAAUUUAUGGAACCGAAGAAGAAGUUGAAUUGGUGCAGAGUAACUAUGGAAACGAGAAUUUUAAAGAUAGAUUUGUAGGCAUAAAUUUUUUCGAUGUUGUUAAACAUUUUCCUAGUAAUAGGACGGGCAAAUUUCCUAGAUCUAUUAUAUAUAGAACUAUUGCUUAUAUGCGGAAACCGGUUCUGAUGUCAAAGGAAAGAGCUUUGCAUUUUCUACAAAGCAAAGAGAGUUACAAGCACGGCAGAAGAACGUUUUCUCUGAUGUCCGAAUGUCCAUUUCCCAAUCAAGUUUCGUAUAGCGUAACCAAAGGCAGAGGAACAAUCUACGCAGCGAAAAGAGACACUGUAAACGUUAUAUUGUAA